AUGGCUCUAACUGAGUCUCUCUCUCUCUCUCCAGAGUUAUCAGUCUCUCUCUCUCUCUCUCUCCAGAGGUAUCAGUCUCUCUCCAGUAUCAGUGUAUCUUCAGACUUACCCAGCAUCGUUGUCCGUCCUCUUCAGUACUUUGGAGAUGUGAGUAAGACUGUGUCUGAACUGAGAGAGAAACUAGAAGACUUCCUUAAAGGAGAAUGGACCAAGAUCUCCACUACAGUGAAUAUAGUGGAUGUUGUACUGCCUCCAGAGCCCAAGACCAGAGAACAGUUGUUACAAUAUUCCUGUCAGCUCACACUGGACCCAAACACAGCAGACACACUCCUCUCUCUGUCUGAAGGGAACAGAAAGGUGACACGUACAGACCAAGUCCAACCAUAUCCUGUCCAUCCAGACAGAUUCACCAACUACAGGCAGGUUCUGUGUAGAGAGGGUCUGUCUGGACGCUGUUACUGGGAGGUGGAGAGGACUGGUGUUGUUGUUUUUACAGCAGUCUCAUAUAAAGACAUCAGCAGAACAGAGACAGGUAAUGAUGGUAGAUUUGGAUUCAAUAACAAGUCCUGGAGUUUACAUUGCUCUAGUGAUGGUUAUUGGUUCAGACACAAUAAUGUUGUGACUAAAGUAUCAGGCCCUCAGUCCUCCAGAGUAGGAGUGUACCUGGAUCACAAGGCAGGUACUCUGUCCUUCUACAGUGUCUCUGACACAAUGACCCUCCUCCACAGAGUCCAGACCACAUUCACUCAGCCCCUCUAUCCUGGGUUUUAUCUCACUGGUUCUGCUGAGCUGGUUAAACUGUAAACUGAUUAGUUAUUAAUUAAAAUUCAAUCCAAUGUUUUAAUCUUGUCCAUUUCCAUGAAUCAUGAUGUCUGGUGUUGAUGUAUAUUGGUUGUCAUUCAGAACCAUUGAUAUGUUUUCUCAGUUGGUUCUCUGUCUCUAUGUAAUUCUCCUCAGUAUCAUUGAUCAGCUUGUUGGCUCGGUCCUAAUUGAUGUGUUCUCUGUCACCUGGAGCUGCAUGGAAAAUGGUCCAGGAACUAAAGGACAAUUCAGGACUAGUCAGCCCACUACAAGCUGGUAUCACUUACUUUCUACUAAACUAUAUGGUCUGGUUUCCCAGACACAGAUGAAUCCUAGUCCUGGACUAAACAGUAUGUUCAAUGUAGAUGUCCAGGAAACCGCCCUAAAUGUGUCAUCUUUCAUCCUCCCAUACUGCUCAGUCCAGCAACAUUAAACCUGUCCAGCAGGUGGUGCUGUUGACCAAACAAUAAAACCAGCAGAUAUCUUGACUUGCCACUCAGUAUAUCAGUAAUGUUCAGAAUAGUACUUUAAUAUCAUUGGAGAUUGAUGGUCUUUUUAAUCCACUAUCCAGAGUCAGGAACAGAUGAAGUUAGGUCUGCUACUGUUCAGUGAUUAAAUAGGAUUUAUGGUGAUGGGAAAUAAUAAAAAACACUCAACUUCA